AUGUUAAACUGUACCGGCAACACCUUCACCUGUCCAUGUGGUUGUCUCCCAGCCAAGGACAACGGGGAGGCAGAGGUGCCAGAGGCUGUGAGGGACCAGUCCGCUGUCCAGGAGGGAGCUCAGGUGCCACAGAAGAUCAUCAAAGCUAAGUGUGAUUCUGUUCCUUUUGUUACUGUUGCUCAGUUGGACUGCGAUCAUGUGGCAGCAACCAGGAGGGAUCAUGGAAGGAUUAGGUUAGUAAAGUUUGUGCGUGGAUCUUUUCACCAGGGAGAUCGUAGGUUUUUGUAUAGAGGAGUGCAGUGUAUGGCCAUUGCUUUAGUCAGCUUAGCUAAACACAUGGUGAAAAGUGUGUUCUUGUGGGAGAGGCUUGAUCUGGAUCAGGUGUUGGUUGAAGGUGAUAAAUUGUAUUGUGAUUUACGCACCAAAAACCUCUUUAGGCACGUGUCUGGUUUGUUAUCUGUUCCAGAUCUUCCCAAGGUUUUUCCUAUAGAUAGGCCAGAAUUUAGUGUACAUUGUGGUGACACAUGGUCAGGUGAGGUAGGUGUUACAUCAGGUGAAUGGAUUGAUGUCGGUGUGUAUGUUAGUCUGCAGAAUGGUCUGGAGAGGAUUUUUAGUCAGUACAGCACUUGUCUGCUGACGCUUUGUGGAAAUACGUCUGCCAUCAUCUGUGAGGAUGGACAGUUUGCUGUGGUUGACAGUCACUCACGCAGUAGCUGUGGUCUGGUACAUGGUGAUGGUACCAGUGUAGUUCUAUAUUUUUCAUGUCUGGAUGACUUGCAUCAGUAUCUCUAUUGUUUGGCAGAAAGUCUCACAUCAGGAGAGAAGCCCUUUGAGCUGUCUGCCAUUAGUAUUAGUAGUGUUGUGUGUCCAGCACUGUCAGGUGUUUCUGUAGAGACUUGCAUCUCUGAGAUGAGCACUGCUUCAGUACCAGGGUUUAGUGAAGUUUUUGAUGUUUGUGCAGCCUCCUCUGUGUCUGAGAGUGGGGCUGGUGUAGAACUAAGGCCAGUGCUGUCUGGCAUUUCCAUUCUGACCUCUUCUAGUGAGGUUAGCAGUGGCUCAGAAGCAGAAUCCACAGCUACUGAUGGUAGAAAGCGCAAGAUUUCUUCGCAAACUUGUGUGUCGAAGAAAUUCAAGCAUAUUGAUAGUACUGCAGACAAGUCUGAUGUAGAGUUUGUUGAUGUAGUUAGGAAUGUAGAGCUGGUCUUCCGUCCCCUCGGUGUAGAUGUGUGUCAGUCUCUGUGUAGUCAGUUAAAUAUCGAUUUUAUGAAAGUCGGUGGUCUGGUGUGUCGCGAGGUUGGUUGUUUAGGUGUUCCAUGUACAAAUGAAAAGAUAGUUCCGGACGGGAACUGCUUCUUCAGAGCAGUGUCUCUGGCUGUUAGUGGUUCACAAAAGAACCAUCGCAGGAUUAGGUUGGCUGUUUGUAGAGAGUUGGAGCAUAAUACUGAUAGGUAUCGGAGUCUUUUGAGGACUGGUUAUUCAUCUGUUUUAGAGUACGUUAAGCUGUCCAGGAUGAAGUACGUCAACACUUGGGCCACAGAGGUGGAAAUCCAGGCCACCGCAGAUUGUUUAGGUGUUAGUGUGUGUACAUUUCUCAAUGGGCAUUGGUUAAAGUACAGUUGUACAAGUAAGUGUUUGUCAGCUGACUGCAUUUACUUAGAAAAUGUCAGAGGGGAGCAUUUUGAGUGUGUAGUGUGUGUGUGUAAGGCUGGACAGCAGGGUUGUUACGGUUACUGUGGAAUUAGUGAGGAGACAGGCUAUAGUACCAGGUCAACGGUAAUAGAUGUCAUUGACAGUGUGUGCACAGAUACAGAUUUUGUUGAGGUUUUCGAGGGUGUUGGUGUGAGUAGUAGUUUUACGUCUAGGUAUUUGAGACAGAAGAAAUGUGUGUUACAUAAAGAGAAAGAGAAGUUGCACUUUAGGAAGAUGUACAAAGAGAAUGUCAUGUUCAGAGAGAGGAAGAUAUUACAGGGUGUCAGAAAAUACAGGAAUGAUCAUCAGCAUAGGGACAGAGUUAAAGCAACGAGUGUGGCGAAAUACCGGGAUGAUAGUCGGCAUAGGGACAGAGUUAAAGCGACGAGUGUGGCGAAAUACCGGGAUGAUAGUCGGCAUAGGGACAGAGUUAAAGCGACGAGUGUGGCGAAAUACCGGGAUGAUAGUCGGCAUAGGGACAGAGUUAAAGCGACGAGUGUGGCGAAAUACCGGGAGGAUAGUCGGCAUAGGGACAGAGUUAAAGCGACGAGUGUGGCGAAAUACCGGGAUGAUAGUCGGCAUAGGGACAGAGUUAAAGCGACAAGUGUGACGAAAUACAGAGAUGAUAGUCGGCAUAGGGACAGAGUUAAAGCGACAAGUGUGGCGAAAUACAGAGAUGAUAGCAAGCAUAGGGAUAGAGUUAAAGCAAUGAGUGUGGUGAAAUACAGAGAUGAUGAGCAGCAUAGGGAAAGGGUUAAAGCAAAGAGUGUAGAGAAAUUCAGAGAUAUUCUUCAGCAUAGACAGAAGGUUAAGCAGAGUGUUAAAAGGUAUUAUCGCAGUAAUUCUAAAUAUAGGCAGCAGGUUCUUGCUCGUGUGAGGUUGAGUCGGAAGCAGAGGCUCGAGAGGUCGUUAGAUUUUGGUUUGGUUAUGGAUCACUUUUUAGAGAAGGUCAGGGAUGGACCAGAUUUUGUGUGCUGUGUUUGUCAUAGGCUGAUGUUUAAAUCUCAGGUGCUGACAUGUGACAGGGAAGUUUAUGCCGCGAGUGUAGCAACAGCUGGCAUUGCAGAUAAUUGCAUUAGUGAGUGUUAUUUGCAUAGUUGUGAUGAGGGUUGUGUUGAGCCCUGUCACUUAGCUGUGUGUAGAGGUCAGCUGUGGAUCUGUUAUACGUGUCAUAAUAAGAUUAGUAAAGGUGAAGUCCCAGCUGAAUCCUGGAGAAAUAACCUUGAUCUAGACCCCAUUCCUUCAGAACUGGGAUGUCUAAAUAGCUUAGAGCAGCACCUGAUAGCUUUACACAUCCCAUUUAUGAAGAUGUUAGUGUUGCCUAAAGGUGGUCAGAAUGGUGUACAUGGGCCUGUAACAUGUGUUCCGGCCAACAUUGUACAGACCACCAAUGUGCUGCCGCGGUCCAGUAUGGAGGGGUCUCUGCUUCAGGUUAAGUUGAAACGUAAACUGACCUAUAAAGGGCAUUAUGAGUAUCAGUUUGUUGAUACAUUGCGUGUAAGGCGGGCGCUAGAGUAUUUGAAGAGGACAAAUGUGUUGUAUAGAGAUAUUGAAUUCAACGAAGAGUGGAUAAAUUACUUUUGUAGGCAGGAAGAUGGUGAGGAAGAAGAGCCUGAACCUGAGGAUGAGGAUGUUCAGGUUCAGUCUUCUCAGGUUGAGCAGGUUGUUGGAGAGGGUGAGGUUAGCCAGGCUGAGGAUGUUGCAGCAAAUGUUGAUGGUGUAGAUGAGGAAUCAGCAGACAUAGUGCAAGAUGAACUGUUACAUGAUAGACAACAGCACUGCAUGUUUCAGGACACUUGCUUAUUUCCUGUUGACAUCGGGCAAGAAAGUUUAGACCAAUAUUUUGAGGACAUUGUGAGUAUAGCGCCUGCAGAGGGAAACAGUCCAGUUAGGAUGCUUUCUGACCAUCUGAAUGAAGCAAAGUGUUUCCCGGUGUUGUUUCCUCUGAGUACUAAGACCUUCCAUGAUAGUCGCAUGCAUCAUUUAACAUUGUCGCGUUAUUUUAAUAAUAGGAUCAUGCAUGCCGACGGCCGUUUUGCACGGAAUGUUGAGUAUAUUUUUUAUAGUCAGUAUAUGUCUGAAAUGGAUCAGGUUGUGUCAAGUGUUUCUGUUGCGAUGCGUAAAGGUAAAGGAGGUCAGAAGUCUCAGAGGAUCAGUGUGAGCAUGCUUCAAGAUGAGAAGUCUUUGAAGCAGUUUUUGGAGUUUGACGACGGUUAUCGGUUCCUUCGGCCCAUACGCGGGACGCCAGCCUUUUGGUCUUCUGUGCAAAAGGAUCUCAUUGCGUCCGUGAGACAGUUAGGGAUUCCUACGUUUUUUGCGUCGUUUUCGUCUGCAGAUCUGCGCUGGCAGAAUCUCCUUACCAGCAUCCUGAAACAGGAAGGCAGAAGGCAGACGGUAGAGAAUUUAGAGUGGGCCGAUAGGUGUGAGUUGUUGCGUCGCAACCCGGUCACAGCUGCGCGGAUGUUCGAUUACAGAUGGCACUGUUUUUUGAACGAAGUUCUCAUGUCUCCUGCUCAACCAGUUGGCAAGAUUGUUGAUUACUUUUAUAGGAUAGAAUUCCAGCAGCGGGGGUCUCCCCAUGUUCAUGCGCUGUUUUGGAUCGAGGGAGCUCCCCAAAUUUACAAAAACACAGAUGAAGAGGUUGCAGAGUUCAUUGACCGGUAUAUUACAUGUGAGCUACCCUCAGACGAUGACACGCUAUUGGACAUUGUGUCAUCAGUUCAGACACAUUCGAAGAGACAUUCAAAGUCGUGUAAGAAAAACAAAACGAAAUGUCGUUUUAAUUUUCCAAAACCAGUUUCUGCACGCACAUUCAUCUGCAAAAUCGAGGAAUGCCGUUGUGCACAGAAGGCAAAGGAGACAAGGGAGCCUUCUGAUUCAAAUAACAAGCCAUUGUGCACGUGUCAGGAGGAUUUAGAUAAGAAGAUGCCUAAGGAGCUAGCGCAGUCCAUUCUGACUAGAGUUAAAAAUGCCAUGGAGAGGGAUGAGCCUUUUGCUAGUGUAGAACAGUUGUUUGCCAGUGUGGGCAUUGACCAGGCAAUCUUUGAGAUGGCUUAUAGGCGGUUGGAGAAAAAGAAUAGGGUGGUUUAUCGACGAGGGGUAAAUGAAACGUGGAUUAAUCAGUAUAACAAGAAUUUGCUUAAGUGCUGGAAUGCUAACAUGGACAUUAGCUUUGUCACCGACGCCUACGCAGUCAUCACAUACAUCGUAUCGUAUAUUACGAAAGCAGAGAGAGAAAUUGGCCUGUUAUUGAGCAAUGCCCAAAAAGAAGCAUCAAAACAAGGAAAUCUCUCUGCUAGAGAUGCUAUGAAAAAGCUCGGCAGUGUAUAUUUACACAACAGAGAUGUCUGUGCUCAGGAGGCGGUGUACAGGCUAACGAACAUGCACUUGAAGGAGUGUUCCAGGAAGGUUGUGUUUGUUCCAACAGGGAACAACAUUGUGAAAAUGAGUUUGCCCCUCGGUGUUUUGUUGCAAAGGGCAUCCUCUCAUGGUAUUGGGUCAGAGGAUAUGUGGAUGACUAGCAUCGUAGAUAGAUACAGGAAUAGGCCUGACGGUGAUGUGUUUGACGACAUGUGCAUUUGUACGUUUGUCUCAGAGUAUCGUGUUCUCAGCAAGAAUGAAAAAUCUCCAAACCAAAUUCAAUUGAAAGGCAGUUUGGGAUUCAUCUUGAGGAGAACACGAUCUCAGUUUGCAGUUGUGCGGUACAUGCGUUUUGACUUAGAAAAACAGGAGGAAGCCCACUUUCAGAGUCUGUUGCAGUUGUUCCUUCCUUAUAGAGCUGAUUCAGAGCUCAAGCCUAAAGGCUUUGCGCUCUUCAAACAGUUCUAUGAGGAAGGGGAGGUGACGUUGGCUGACGGCUCCGUGCGUUUGGUUCAGGACGUCGUCGAUGAGAAUAGGGCAAAGUUUGAAGUGGACUGUCCUCAUUUAGAGCGCGCUCAGGAAAUUGUUGAGAAGUUAAAUGGUGUUGAUGAAGAUGCGUGGGGGGAGCUUUGUCCUGAGCAGGAAGUCGAACGCUUAGAAUGUUUAGAGGACAGACAGCAGCAGCAGCAGGCAGAGAUACAGGAUGAGCAGUUGGUAGAGUCUGAAGAAAAUGUCCCCGAUUUGUUUGUUGGUGGUAGACAGGUAGCUCAGUUUGAGAAAAACACCACCAUUUUGUCUAGGACUGAGGGUUUAGCCUUGAUUCAUUCUCUGAAUGAUACGCAGAAGGCUGUUUUUGAUAGGAUUAGGAAGUGGUGUUUGGAUAAGGUGAUGGGUAAAAACCCUGAGCCUUUGCAUGUGUUUGUGACAGGUGGCGCAGGGACGGGGAAAAGUCAUUUAAUCAGAGCUAUCCAAUAUGAGGCAGGGAGACUGCUGUCAACACUUUGUGAUCAACCAGACGCCAUUUCUGUUUUGUUAACUGCUCCCACAGGUGUAGCUGCAUAUAAUUUAAGUGCAGUAACAAUCCAUCAUGCAUUGAGUAUUGGUAAACAGGUUAGCUUACCUUACAUUCCUUUGGGUGAAGAUAAGCUAAACUCUUUGAGAGCUCAAUUGAGUCACCUCCAAAUUCUAAUCAUCGACGAGAUCAGCAUGGUAGAUCACAAUCUGUUGGCUUAUGUGCAUUGCCGGUUGAGGCAGAUUAAGCAGUCAGGCGACUUUUCCCCUUUUGGUAAAGUUAGUGUGAUAGCUGUGGGGGACUUUUAUCAGUUGCCACCCGUUAAAGGGAAGCCUCUGUACACCAGUCAGGUGGGUGUGGACCUGUGGUGUAAUUUUACUAAGGUGGAGCUGACAACAGUCGUUAGGCAGAAGGAUAGUGUUUUUGCUGAGUUGCUGAAUAGGUUGAGAGUGCGUUCAAAGAAAACCCCGUUAUUGAAUAGCGACGUUGCGAUUUUAAAGUCCCGUGAGACGGGGGAAGAGACCUCAGCUUUGCAUAUCUUUCCAACUAAUAUGCAAACCAGUGAGCAUAAUCUGAAACGGUUGUUUGCAAUUUGUCCAGAUUAUACCACUAUUGAGGCUCAAGAUUUUAUGAAUAGCAAGAAAACGGGCAAAUUGGAGGAGAUGGUAGGGCAUCACAGCAGAGCAUCGUACACGUGUUUACCCGAGAAAUUGUGUUUGGCUCGGAACGCACGUGUAAUGCUUUGCAGAAACAUUGACGUUGUAGACGGUCUGGUCAAUGGAGCAUGUGGAACUGUAACUCAUAUUGAGUUCGGAGAGGACAAAAGCUUCCCUCUUGCAGUUUAUGUUAAAUUUGAUGAUGAAAAAAUUGGCUCACAGAGGAGAAAGCAACGUUCACAUGCUGUAGUAGAAUGUCGUAGUUCUACUGCCAUUGAUCCCGUUCAGGAGUCGGCCACUGCACGGGGUGGUCUGCGUCGUCAGUUUCCUCUUAGGCUAGCGUGGGCGUGUACUGUACAUAAAGUGCAGGGGUUAACUGUAGAUGAGGCGGUUGUGUCGUUUCAUAGGGUGUUUGCACCUGGGCAGGCGUAUGUAGCACUUAGUCGUGUCAGGGCUUUGUCUGGACUCGUCAUCAGGGAUUUUAAAGAGAAGGCCAUUUACUGCAAGGACACCAUAAAGGAGGCCUUGGAUAGCAUGCCUCCAUUUCUGAUUGAGCAACCACAGCCUUCAUUAAAUACACACAGUUUCUCUGUGUAUUUAAUGAACGUUCAAAAUUUAAGUCGCCACCUGUCCCAUUUGGUGUCUUGCACACAGCAUUUACAGCCUAACUGUAUUGCUGUGACAGAGACGUGGCUCAGUGCACAAUCCUCAACAGACAGUGUUGACAUUGACGGUUACAUUUUCCACAGUCGUCCUCGAGCCUUGUGUUACAGCAGCAGUAACCCCAAAUUGUCUGAGCUUAGGGACCUAGAACAUGGUGGAGUAGGCUUGUAUACAGCAGGUGAUUUGGACUGUGAGAUUCUGCAGGUGCCCGAUUUGAAUCUGGAGUGUUUGGUGUGCCUGUGUACCAAAUUGAACAUCUUGAUGGCAGUAAUUUAUCGUCCACCAUGUUAUCCAAAUUCAUUAUUCAAACAGAAUCUGGGGAAGUUACUAGAUUGGUUGAAUCCAAUCAGUAACACAAUUGUUAUAAUGGGGGAUUUUAAUGAGGACAUUUUGAAAAGACCAUCAAUUUGUAAAUUUAUGGGUCAAAAAGGAUAUAUUCAGCAUGUAACGCAAGAGACAACAGAGAAGGGGACACUGAUUGACCAUGUUUAUGUCAAAACAACACGGUAUGAUGUGGAUUGUACAGUGAUGUCUGCGUACUUCAGUGAUCACGAAGCCAUCUGGUGUGGUUUUCGUGUUAAAGAUCAGGAUUUAUUAGAAGAUGUAGAUUUGCUGUUUGCAGAGGAGUUUGAAGAUUUAGAGGGUUUUUUCGAUGACGAGUCCGAUGUAGAGUAG